GUGGGUUCGUUCCGAUAUGGACACUGCCGGGGAUAGCAAAAGAGGGUUUGGGGAGUUCCAAUCGGCGAAGGCAGCGGCAUUAAAGGGGAGUCGCUCGAGUUCGGUGCGACCUCGCUAUAUAUCGGGGCCGGAAUCUUGGGCACAGAAUUAUCCUCCCUUUGCCAGGGAGGAGGAACGGGAGAAGGAGACGACGGACAUGGAAUCAGUUGCCGAUGAGCUUGCUUCCACUCACCCUUAUUUUUAUGAGGAUGAGCCUCUCGUUGAAGAAAGCCCCAUCGAGCAGGUGAGGCUCACAGUCCCAGUCACCGACGACCCAACGCAGCCAUGCCUGACCUUCCGGACAUGGACCAUGGGGCUCAUCUCCUGCGUCCUCCUGGCCUUCGUCAACCAGUUCCUGGACUACCGCCAGAACCAAAUCGUGCUCUCGUCGGUCUGCGUGCAGAUCUUGACGCUCCCCGUCGGCAGGGCCAUGGCCGCCACCCUGCCCACCACGCCCAUCAAGGUCCCGCUCACCAACUGGUCCUUCUCCUUCAAUCCCGGCCCGUUCAACCUCAAGGAGCACGUGCUGAUCACCAUCUUGGCCAACGCCGGUGCCGGCGGCGUCUACGCAGUGAACAUCGUCACCAUCAUGAAGGCCUUCUACCACCGAAACAUCAACAUCGUCGCAGCGUUGCUGCUGUCGGUGACGACACAGUUGCUUGGAUAUGGAUGGGCUGGACUGUUCAGGAAGUACCUGGUGGAUUCACCUUACAUGUGGUGGCCAGGAAACCUCGUCCAAGUCUCCCUCUUCAGAGCACUACAUGAGGAGGAGAAGAGGCCCAAGGGUGGUGUGUCAAGGUUCCAGUUCUUCUUGAUAGUCAUCGCCUGCAGCUUCGCCUACUACGUCGUCCCCAACUUCUUCUUCCCUGCCAUCACCUCCAUCUCCGUGAUCUGCCUCAUCUGGACGAAGUCCGUCACCGCGCAGCAGAUCGGUUCCGGGCUCCAUGGCCUCGGCGUCGGUUCUUUCGGCCUCGACUGGUCCACCAUCUCCGGCUUCCUUGGCAGUCCCCUGGCUUCACCAGCGUUUGCGACCUUCAACGUAUUGGCUGGUUUCAUCGUGCUGGUCUACGUCAUCGCCCCCAUCGCCUACUGGACCAACGCAUACAGCGCCAAGAACUUCCCAAUGUUCACUUCGGGCUUGUUCGACGUCGAUGGGAAGAAAUACGACCUCAACCGUGUUCUUGAUCCGAAGACCUUCUCCUUGAACGUACAGGAGUACGAUAGUUACAGCGAUAUCCGUCUCAGCAUCAUGUUCGCCAUCUCCUACGGGCUCGGCUUUGCGACAUUGACCGCCACUCUCUCCCAUGUCUUCUUCUUCAAUGGCUCGUACAUCCUGACACUGUGGCGUCAAACUGCAUCCAAGGCCCACGACCAUUAUCUAGACGUUCAUGGGAGACUAAUGAAGGCAAACUACGAGGCAGUCCCUCAAUGGUGGUUUCAUAUCGUUCUGGUCGUCGUCAUGGCGCUGGCCAUCUUCACCUGCGAAGGGUUCGACAAACAGCUGCAGCUUCCUUACUGGGGUGUCCUGCUAGCGAUGGCCAUGGCUUUCGUCUUCACGCUGCCCAUCGGAGUGAUUCUAGCGACCACGAAUAUGGAACCGGGAUUGAACGUCAUCACAGAGAUGGUGAUAGGUUACAUAAUGCCAGGGAAGCCUUUGGCGAACGUGGUGUUUAAGACGUAUGGAUACAUAAGCAUGUCGCAAGCACACACGUUCCUCGCCGACUUCAAGCUGGGGCAGUACAUGAAGAUCCCUCCCAAGGCCAUGUUUAUUGCCCAGCUGGUGGGAACCGUGGUCGCGUCUGCAGUCUACUUCGGGACGGCAUGGUGGCUUCUCGGCACCGUCACGGCCAUCUGCGACACCAACAAUUUACCGGAGGGCAGCCCGUGGACGUGCCCCAACGACGCCGUCUUCUACAGCGCGUCCAUCAUCUGGGGAGUCGUCGGCCCGUUGCGCAUGUUCGGCCCCAAGAGCAUCUACUCCUCCCUCAACUACUACUUCCUGGUGGGGAUGCUGUUGCCGUUCGCCGUCUGGCUGCUGGCGCGGACCUUCCCCCGGAAGAAGUGGAUCAAGCUCAUCAACUUCCCGGUGCUGCUCGGGUCGACGUCCAUGAUGCCGCCGGCCCACGCCGUGAACUACACCUCCUGGUUCGUCGUCGGCAUCUUCUUCAACUACUACGUGUACAACAAGUACAAGAGCUGGUGGGGGAGGUACGUAUACGUGUUGUCCGCCGGUCUGGAUGCCGGGACGGCCUUCAUGGCGGUGCUCGCUUUCCUCACCCUCAACAACUACGACAUCUACUCCGUCGACUGGUGGGGAGGGGUUGACGAUGACUACUGCCCCCUGGCCAAGUGUCCGACGGCGGGAUCCUAUGUGCCUGACGGCUGCCCUGCCAUUCAAUGACGAUGGCAUAAGGGGAGGAAUAAGAGACGCCAGGAUUAAUAUAGAUUGUUGAUGACAAUUGGUCGCUGUUAUCGAUUUCGAAAUGCA